GUUCAAUUGUUCAAUUGUUCAAUUUGUUCAAUUGUUCAAUUGUUCAAUUGUUCAUUGUUCAUUUUUUUGUUCAUUGUUAUGAGUCGCCGUGCUGACGAGCAAUCACUGCUCUCGUCGAGCGACAAUGUGUACCAGUCAACAGCAGAUGAUUUCAGCAAUAUCAAUUACGAUCCGUACAGUAGUAGCGCCGCCGCCCAGUCUCAGCCAAUGCCGCACCGGAUAGGACUGCUCGACGCCGCCAACGAGGGCAGCGCGCUGCUGCAAUACGACUCGAUGCUCAACGCUGCCGACACGGCCGCCGGUAAUGGUGGUGGUGGUGGUGCUGGAAUCCCAGCGACUGCUGCAUCGCACGCAUCCACCAACAGCGUGCGGCUGCCCACGGUCGCUGCCGCGGGUGCUGGUGCUGCUGCGGGACCGGGCUCGAGCAGUGCCACGGCGUCCACGCUCUGGACGAGCUCGCUGCACCAAAACCAGCCCAACAUCCACCAGCGCAUGCUCCAGAACGCGCUGGCUGUCGAUGCACCGGCAUCAUCGGGCACGGCGGCGUCGUCGUCGUCCUCGGGACUGCGGUCGUCAUUCGCACACUCGCCCGAGCUGGUGCUGCACGACGACGCCGCGGCGGGCGAAGGCAUUCUGCGCGCGGUCGUCUCGGGUCGUGUUGGUGGUGGUGGUGCUGGAUCAGAUGUCAUUGGUGGUGGGCGGUCGGGCCUCCGACGCCUCUCGUCCUUAACAGCGAGCGCAGCGCCUGCCAACGCACCCAACGUGUCGCUCACUCUCCAGCGCGCCAAGGAGCGCGACGAGCAGGAGCGCCUGGAAGAAGAAGCAGACGAGCAGCUGGAGGAGAAUGACGAAAACCUCAAGGACAUUUCCUCGCAGCGCGAAACAAAGCUGCGUUACCAGGAUUUCUCGACUAUUGAUUGGAUGCGCGACCACGCCCGAGACCAGCAGCGCCAACGACAGCUGCGUCGAGACCGCCUGCCGGGCUGGAAGGGCAAGCUUCAAUCCGCAAACGACGGCUGCCAAGGAUGGCUGCUCAUGUUUCUAGUUGGCCUCAUUGCCGGGUUUGUCGCGGGCGUUGCAGACGUGGCAACAGACUGGCUGGGCGAUAUCAAACUUGGCGUCUGCUCCAAUGCAUUCUACCUCAACCACGAGUUUUGUUGCUGGGCUGCCGCCGAGGGCCAGUGCACCGCGUGGAAGACGUGGGCCGACUUUCACAAUCUCGAUGGCGCUGCAGCGUACUGGGGCAACUACCUCGUGUACAUUUGCUUUGCCAUCCUCUUUGCCCUUCUGAGCGGCACCUUUGUCAAGUUUUUCGCUCCUUACGCCGCCGGCUCUGGUAUUCCGCAAGUCAAGACCAUUCUCGGAGGAUUUGUCAUUCGCAAGUUCCUCGGCAUUUGGACGCUUGUCACAAAGUUGAUUGGUUUGACGCUGUCGUCUUCCGCUGGCCUCAGUCUCGGCAAGGAGGGCCCGUUCGUGCACAUUGUCUGCGCAAUUGGCAACAUUUGCUCGCGCAUCUUUGCCAAGUACCGUAAAAACGAAGCCAAGAAGCGCGAGGUGCUCUCGGCCGCAGCUGCAGCCGGUGUUUCUGUCGCCUUCGGUGCGCCUGUCGGCGGUGUCUUGUUCAGUCUCGAGGAGGUCAGUUACUACUUUCCCUACAAGACCAUGUGGCGUGCCUUCUUUUGCGCGCUGACGGCCGCCACCGUCCUCCGCUACAUGAACCCGUUCUUGAACGGCCGCUCGUCUCUGUUCGCCGUCGAUUACGACGAGCACUGGCGCCUCUUUGAGAUUAUUCCCUUCGCCCUGCUGGGUGUGUUUGGCGGUCUUUUCGGUGCCGCCUUCAUCCGCGUUAACGCUCGUUGGUGCGCCUUCCGCAAGUCGUCCGCACUGGGCAAGUACCCCAUCUAUGAAAUUGUGGCGAUCGCUUUCAUCACCGCCGCCGUCAACUACCUCAACCCGUACCAGCGCAACUCGACGAGCUCGCUCAUCCGCGAGCUGUUCAGCAUCUGCGGCCCCGAGGAUAAGCGAGAUGUCUGCAACGACGAUCUGAUUGGCGAGACGAUCGGCCUGCUGUUCCUGUCCGCCGCCUUCCGCAUGAUCAUCACCGUCUUCACGUUCGGUCUCAAGCUACCGGCGGGCUUGUUUGUGCCCUCCAUGGCCAUUGGUGCGUGCACCGGUCGCAUCCUCGGCAUUGCCAUGCAGCAGAUUGUCAACGCCAACCCCGACCUGUUCGAGCUCUCGUGUGGUGCAAAGCCAGAGUCCUGCAUCAUCCCUGGGCUGUAUGCCAUGGUCGGCGCAGCAGCCGUGCUCGGCGGUGUGACCCGCAUGACUGUCUCGCUGGUUGUCAUCAUGUUCGAGCUGACUGGCGGCCUCUCGUAUGUGCUUCCGUUCAUGACCGCCGUCCUCGUCAGCAAAUGGGUCGGCGACGCGUUCAGCCGCGAGGGUAUCUACGAUCGUCACAUUCGGCUCAACGGCUAUCCGUUCUUGGACAACAAGGAGGAGUUCCGGCACACUACUCUUGCCUGCGACGUCAUGUACCCGCAAAAGGGCGAUUCGCCGUUGUGUGUCUUGCCCGUUUUUGGCAACACUGUUGGGCAACUUGAACGACUCUUGGAAGAGACAGUCUACCAAGGCUUCCCGGUCGUCUUUACGACUGAAACGAUGCAUGUCGCUGGCUAUGUUGCUCGCUCGGAACUUAAGAUUGCACUUGAAAAAGCGCGAAAGCAUCAUGACGUGACCGAGUUUACGACUUGCUCAUUCUCCCACCGGACGGCCGCGAGUGGAAACACCUCCGAGAUGAUCAGCUUGCGUCACUGCUUGGAUGCUUCUCCCAUCCAAAUUGCCGAGCACACCACGACAGAAAUGACGCUAGAGCUCUUCCGAAAGCUGGGCCUGCGCUAUGCGCUUGUCUGCAGCUACGGUCAGCUUGUUGGCAUCAUCACCAAGAAGGAUCUGCUCAAGCACAUGGCCAUUCUGCAACACCGCGAUCCCGGCUCCAUUCUCUUCAACUGAAAGGAUGGGAGCAGCGCAGCUGUUGUUUUUCUUGUAUAUUACCUCGAGUGCUUUUUUGCAGGCCCUUUUUGUUUCAAUGGUGUGUUUUCUGUCCAAUAUGUCCCCUUUUUUUUCAUGUUGCGUGUUAAUCUGCCUCUUCUCUCUGUACACAAAAUGAAUGUAGUCUAUCAAGAAACA